AUGUCUUCCGGUGUCCGCUUUACCUCUCUCCCCGAACCUUCCGAGUUCGGUCAAAUCUGGGAGGCUCUUGAAAAGCUCAUCAAACGCCUCAAAGAACGACUCAAACUUCAGGAUGAAAAGUAUUCUAAUCUCGCUCUUGACGUUCUUGAUCGUCUCGAAUCAGGCAUCCAAGGCGAAGAGCGUCGGGCUCAGCUUUGUAAGCUUCGUGAGUCUUGGGGGCACCUCAAGAGACUGGAGCAUGAUCUGGCCUUUUACUUGAAGCAGCAGAGAAGGCUGGCCGAGGGUUCUUUGUCACGAAUUGCUGAGCAGCUUGGGACUCUGAAUGUUAAUUCGAUGGCUAGGGCUAUCCAGGCAAGUCAGAUGAGCCAGGCGUGCUAUGAGAGGCCUGUCGGGCCGUUGUUUGAUACAAUCGCCGAGUCGCCUAGAGAGUAG